CAAAUUCAGAGUGUUAUUGACUAUUACUAGUCAACAAUUUUAAGAUUGUAAUAUAAUCCCAUGUUUGUAUGUAUUAUAUAAUUAUAAUACUUUAUAAAGUAAGUAUAAUGUUAAAAUGAAUUAUAGUCUUGCACACCAGUGAGAUUUAUUUUAUUGAAAUUCUUAAUCAGAAGAGAAGGAACCAAAAAGAAAGUAUUUUUGAUCUUUUAGUCCUGACAGUCCUCUUACCCACUACCACAAUAUUACAGGGGAGUAUAUUUCCUCAAGAUACUGCCGACACCACAUGCCAAGUAAUAUUUCCACCCUGUUGCAUAAAACACUUCUGUAUUACUAUUGCUAUGUAUGUUGUAUUACUAUGAAGAAACUAAAAUGAAAUUAUUACGUUACAGAGAAUCUGACCUGUGUCCUUUGUUACACGAAGAAGGCGUGGUACUUUCAGUCAAAACUGAUAACUGCUAACAAAAUCGUAGAAAAAUGGAAGACUAUCACGUUCAUCAAGGAAUGGCUGAGAAGAGUAUCCCAAAGAUGUUACAAAUUGCAGUACAAAGUACCCAUUACCAUGAGAGGAAAAUAAAUGUACUUGCCAUAAUAGGAAAAUGCAGCAAACAUAUGUAUGUUAAUUAAUAAUUCAACCCAAAAUAUGUCUUAACUAUAUGAAUCCAAGUUCUGUCAUAUUUUAAUAAAGAAUAUUUAUAUUUAGAGCUAUAACCAUGGAGAAAGAUGAAAAAUAAAUUAUGCAAAUACUUCAAAGACAUAUAAACCUUUUUUUGUUCCAGGGCAGAAACAUUGACUGACAAGCUGAAAUUUUUUUCUUUGAGCACAGUUAUUCCCAAUUUUAUUGUUUCAAGGCAUUCUGCACAUUUCUUUGAAGCAUAUGACAGCGAAACCUGUCCAAACAAGGACUGAGGUCUAUCCGCACUGUGGUUUUGCUCUUGGAUGGAUCAUUUUAAUUCUAUGACAUCACAACAGUACGUUUUUAUCUCCUGUAUAAAUCCUUGACUAUAGCAUCUCCAGACCAUGUGACAGGUGAAAAGGAACUGUUUGAUUUGAAGGAUGAACACAGAGGCUGAAUGGGAUUUUUAAAUUUUCUUUAAGCACAGGCUGUUGUUCUCCUUCUGAAUUAAAUCAACCAGUCUGGCAAGAAGCAAAUCAGUUGGACAAACAGAGGAUUUUAAACAUCUUGAGAUGGGCAAUGGAUCCAGUUCUGAGAGCAAGGAGUCGGCCAGGAGAUCCAGAGAACUGGAAAAGAAGCUCCAGGCAGAUGCAGAGAGGGAAGCCAGGACAGUCAAACUACUACUUUUGGGUGCUGGAGAGUCAGGAAAGAGCACUAUCGUAAAGCAAAUGAAGAUUAUCCAUAAAGAUGGUUUCACCUACCAGGAACGCAUGGAGUACAGAUCCGUCAUUUACAGUAAUGCAGUGCAGUCUAUCCUGUCUAUCAUGAAAGCAAUGACUAAGUUAGGAAUCAGUUAUGAAAACCCAGCUAGAAUUGAAGACGAAAGGAAGCUGUGUGCCAUGGCAACAGCUCUGGAGGAUGGCGACAUGUCUUCUGAAUUGGUUGAACUCAUCAAACAACUGUGGAGCGAUGGUGGGACUCAGGCCUGCUUCGCAAGGGCAGCGGAGUACCAGCUCAACGACUCGGCAGCCUAUUACCUCAACGAUUUGGAUAGGUUAUCAAUGCCGGACUACGUGCCUAGUGAGCAAGACGUUUUGCACUCCCGAGUGAAAACAACUGGGAUUAUAGAGACUCAGUUUUCUUUCAAGGAUUUGAAUUUCAGGAUGUUUGAUGUGGGUGGACAGCGAUCAGAGAGAAAAAAGUGGAUUCAUUGCUUUGAGGGAGUUACUUGCAUCAUAUUCUGUGCUGCACUCAGUGCCUAUGACAUGGUUCUGGUGGAAGAUAAAGAAGUGAACAGAAUGCAUGAAAGCCUUCAGUUGUUCAACAGCAUCUGCAACCACAAGUGCUUUGCAGCCACUUCCAUUGUGCUGUUUCUAAAUAAAAAAGACCUCUUUCAAGAGAAAAUAAAAAAAGUUCAUCUGAAUAUCUGCUUUCCUGAGUAUAAUGGAUUAAAUACAUUUGAAGAUGCUGGAAAUUAUAUCAAGAAACAAUUCCUAGACUUAAACAUAAGGAAAGAAGAUAAAGAGAUAUAUUCUCACUUGACAUGUGCCACAGACACCCAGAAUGUCAAGUUUGUAUUUGAUGCAGUCACAGACAUAAUAAUCAAAGAAAAUCUGAAAGACUGUGGGCUUUUCUAG